AUGGCGGCGGUUAUAGGUCAAUUUCGUUUGCUUCCCAUUCCCAUUUCAGCGCAAGUAACCUUUGAAUCCAUGGACCAAAACGACGCCGUUGGCGGGGCCACCAACGUCCUGCAGAACGACAUCGACCUGUCAGACAACCAACUACACCUCAUCAGCUUGGUGAUGAUCAUCGACAUCGAGAAUGGCAAUACAAGCAUUGAUCUCAAUGGCUCCGUGGUCAUUGACUUCGCCGUGGAUCUAACGGCCGAAACAAAUGCCAUUCAUUGUGCGUUUAUCGCUAACGAAAGUUCUGGAGUCUGGUCAAAUAUUGGUAUGGAAGUGGUAUUUGCAAACUCGUCCCUGGUACAAUGCCGCAGUAAUCAUCUCACUAGCUUUGCCGUUCUCUUAUCGGCCAAGCCUCCUCAAGGGAUACACGCAGUCAUACAGAGUUAUCUGUCUAGAGUCAUGGGGGCGCUGUCCGUUUUGUCCCUCACGGUGGCCAUUUGUAUUUACUUUGCCACUGGCACCUGGAAGCUUCUAAAGAUUCAGAUCCACAUGAACCUAGCCAUCUCGACAGCCUUGGGUCAGCUUCUCUUCAUGACUAUGGCAGAGAUGACUUGGAAUGUGAUAAUUUGCAAGACCAUUGCCGUCACUCUCCAUUACCUCUUCACCUCCGCUCUCGCUUGGACGAUGAUAGAGGGCGUAUUUCUCUAUCGUACAACUGCCGUGGGCUUCAAGCCUCUACAUAUCGGAUGGUUGAGUCUCUUUGCUUGGGGAGGCUCGCUAGUGGUGGUUGGAGUUUCUUUCGGCGUCCUGUAUGAUGGCUAUGGUACUACUAAGUUUUGCUGGCUUCGUCACGAUGACUACACCAUUUACGUAUUUGUUGGAUGUGUAUUCGCAGUGCUCUUGUUCAACUCGAUGAUUCUGUUCUUUGUGAUGAAGUCCUUCAUGGCACUCAAGGCCAACGCGAAGAAAGACGAGAUAGACAAAAUCAAGGCGAUGGCUCGUGCACUGCUGAUUCUACUUCCGAUCCUUGGUCUGACUUGGUUCUCGGGGGCCGUCACCAGCAUCACCACAUCUGAUGACGUCAUCUUCUGUCAGUAUCUCUUCACCAUCUCGUUCGGUCUGCAGGGGGUCUGCAUUCUCAUUUUUCACUGCCUCCAAGUGCCAGUCAUAAAAGCGACUUUAAAAAAUCGAUUUUAUCGACGAGUUCAAGACAGCUCAUGGAUAUCGAAAUCUGGAGCUCCAAGACCUACAGCUACUUCAUCGUUUUGAACACCAGAUAAGCAUUAGCACGCUUUGCAAAAAUCAUGGUGUUAAAUCUAACACCACAUCGGUUCUUUACAUUGUAACAUCAUAUAAGAACACCAGUAUCGAAUUAAACUCAUGUCAUUGUUAAGGUGUCAUUGUCUAGCGGAUACACCACCGAACUGUGAAUCGCAUGGUUCCCGGUUCCCAAAUCUUGUGUCGGCAAUUAAUGAUUUACUGAAAGCAAGAGGAAAUUACUGGAAUGAAAUAAAUGUUUACUUGCCUUAUAGAUUCACCUUGAAAAAACACGCAAAAUCUGCAAUCAUUGUUACAUAAUUAUAUUGCUUGAAUGGACUUGCCUUUGUACAUAGUAUAGAUAUGAUAGAUAUGUCAUAAGAAACAGUACAUAUCGCAUAAGGCGAGGCGUCAAAAAUAUCGA